AUGAGUGCCCCUCCCCAUAAUGACACACUACAGCCAGGUGUGUUCUCGGGGAGUGCGCAGACGCCAGCCUCCAGACCACCAGCGUCCUCCAGAGAGCUCAGGGCCUCGAAGAGAGUUUGUUUUUACAAGAGCGGCGACCCUCAGUUCUCUGGACAUCGGAUAGUCAUCAACAGUCGCACCUUUAAGACUUUUGACGCUCUGCUGGAUGCUCUUUCCAAGAAAGUGCCUCUACCAUUUGGUGUACGCACCAUCACAACACCCAAAGGUACACACGCCGUCCAGAGCUUAGACGACUUGCGUGAUGGGGCCUCAUACGUGUGCUCGGACCAAAGAAGGGUCAAACCCCUCAACUUGGACGAGGUCAACCGGAGACAAGUGCCCUGGAACACUACCAGACUCACUAGCUCAGGACGACAGGGACGCAGAGGGCUGAUUCGGCAGCUAGUGAAGAAGAAUGAAGUGGUCAGGACGACAAAAGUGAUGAAUACCACUGUUGCAGUGUGGACGCCAAAAAGGCUGGUGGUUUUUAAAAACAGGGAUCCCACCACUAAGCGCACAGUUGUUUUGCAAAGGAGAACUGCUCCAACUUUCGAGGCUCUGUUAGAUUACCUUUCCCAAAUGUUACAGUUCCCAGUUGUGAAGUUAUACACAGCUGAUGGGAGAAGAGUUGAAGGCCUACCUGCCCUGAUCCUGUGCUCAGGGAUAGUGGUAGCGGCUGGUAAUGAACCCUUCAGACUGAGUAACUACAAUUUCCAAGGAUCAUCUCAACCCUCACAGUCAGCCAUAUCUGAAUCUAUAUGGCCAGCUAAGACACAGUCACUGCCACAAGAUAAGAAAAAAUCAGGUGGAAGUCGAUCAAGGUCGAGAAAUUUUUCCUUAUCAUCGGAAAGGUAUUUCGUGGAUCAGAUCAAUAAGUCACUGAAUGGAAGUCUGUCAGAGGACAGUGGCCAGAAGAGAGGAUUCAUGGACGCUGAGAACAACCAACCACUGGAAUCAGAGGAGAUUGAGAAAAGUGAUUUCAUUGCUGAUAUAGAGGAAAAGGAUCACUUUAUGAUGCCUUCAGAAGAUGACAUUGAGAAGUCUUUUCGUGUGAAUCAGGAUGGCAGCAUGACGGUGGAGAUGAAGGUUCGUCUCACUUUAAAGCAAGAGGAGAUGAUUCACUGGACCACCACACUGAGUCGAACCUGUGCUAACAGCCAGCAGAGGGCAGUGUGCUCACAACCAGGCUACUCCCCAUAUAGUAAUGACUACUCUGCAAAACAAGCAAAGAGAGACAGCCGUGACUCUAAAGAAGACAAUACACCCACAGAGAAAUCAGUGGGAUUGAAUGAGGAGGGAGAGGACCACUGUGGAAGCGCCACCUCUGAGACCUUAGAAAAACCAAAGCCAGCUUUCAGGAGGCUGCCCACUCCAGGACCUAGACGUGUCAGGAGAAAAGAGGCUUCAGUAGAGAAUAUAAAGAGGGUGUCACAAAGCGAGGUGCAGGAGAGCACAGUAGGUGCAUACUCAUACACGGAGCGGACAGCGGAUGGAGAGCUAACAGAAGGGUACUGUGUGGUAAGUCGUAGUAGCUCUAGCAGUACAAGACCUGUACCAAAACCCAGGAAGAACAGCUCUGGAGAGGCCAAACAUAAAAAGACUCAAUCCUCCCUCAGGUCUUCAAGGAUGGCUGAGGUCCUUCAACUGCAAAACAAUGGGACAGAGAUUACAGAGACCGUAAUGCGUAUUUAUGAGUCACAGGGUACAUAUGAAAACUAUUUUGCAAAUGCCCCGAUUACUGCUGAUAAAACGUUUGAGUUCAAAGCAAAGACUAAAGAACCCAGGAACCCUGACUCAACAGACUCAGGGCCCCGUUCUUCAAGCAAUGAUUGCGAUGUUGAUCUAACUAGACAAUCCACAAGCUCUGACUCUCAGAAUGCUAGGAAAAAUGAACUGUUGUCCUUGUCAUCUGGCCAAUCAAGCCCUUCACAAAAGAUAAGCAACAAUCUCUCCUCCUGUAAAAACAGUGAAAAUCAAGCUAAACCCAAAUCCUCACACAAGGGACUGGUGGACCCUGAGGCAUGCACUAAAGAAAACUCUGAAGGAAAAAGCAGUGGCAAUAGGAAGACAAAAAUGACCCCAAAAUCAGUAAAAUCAAGGGAAGGUACUACUUCUGACACCACUGUUUCUGACAAAAAGCAAAAGGGCAGUGUUCCCGGUUCUUUAAAAGACUUAAGGAAUAGUAAAUCUCCAGAGUCACAGAGCCAUACAGGGUCAGAGAAAAAGGCAGUUAGCUCUACAGAAAGUGACAAACACAGGCAGAAGGCUAAAACGAAAAAGAAAGACAAAGGGGGUGGUUCUCAAAAAAGCCAAUCACCAAAUUUCAAUUUUGGUGAUCAAAAAGAAUCAUCUGAGAAAAACCUUAAUCUAAAUGAUGCAACUCGCCAGAAAUCACCUAAGAAGGUAAACGUACGUGAGAGUAACCUUCCAAGGGACUGUCAAAAUGUGAGUGCAUGUAAAACUGACACACUAAGAUCUCCUGUUAAGAAGAAAUUAUUAGAUGUUCUGCCGCCACCCCAUUUCAAAAUGCAAAAGCACAAGUCUAUGAAUGAGUGCAGAAAAAAAUCUCCUAAAGAAAGCAGGGAGUUGAGUGAAAGCGUUUCUAUGCCAGUGCUCCAGUCAUCUCCCUCCAAUGUGCAUCAGUAUGUGGAAAACUGGCUGAAAAAAAUUCAGCCUGAAUCGGUGCCCUACAUGGAUGAGAUGGACCCUCAUGAGGCUGAAACUGAAGCUAGAGCAAAAUUUUGGAUUGGACGUGGAUCCGCAGAGAGCUCUGAGAUAAGAAGUGAACCAGAAAAAGACAGUAUAGUGAAGGAAUGUACUUCUCUUGAAGAUGCUACCACUGAGAGACCGGUGUCUCGUCCACCUGUGCAGAUCAGAUGUGAAGGAGAACCUGUGGAGACACAGAGGAUAAGAAGCUUCUGUAAAUCAAUGCCCAGUGUAAGAAUCCACCCUGCUGAGCAGGAGAGUCACUUUAGAAUGAAUAAGUCUUCAGAGGCCUUGGUUCCCAUACAGCCUGAUGAACACAGUGAGACAUCACAGACUACAAAAGUGAACACUAGAUCAGGUAUGAAGCCAAUUUUGCAACAGCUCUGUUUAUCUAUUCAAUCUAUCAGGAGGACCUCUAGCCAUUCUCAUUUAACAUCCUUGGAGAAGGAGAAGUCUAGUAGCCUUCCAGACUUUUCAUCUCAGGUUGCCUCUGUUUUUGGUUCCCCAUCGAAAGCUCUUCUAUCCUUUCUGUCAGUGAUGACUCUGAAAGAUGGUGUCUCCAGCACUAGCAAUGAAGACCCAGUCAUUAACUCGGGCAGCUGUCCAGAGGCCCUGCAGGUAAUGCAGUCCUUAGAAAAAAUAGCCAGCAUAGAGGAUGAAGAAGAGCUGAAGGCCAGCCUGACAAGUCUCCAAAGCUCGACAUCUCCUCAGUUAAAAAAAAGCUGGAGAGAUUUCCAAGAGAGAAGUGAUGUAGAGGGAAGUCCACCACAGUCACCAAGACAGUCAGAGCAAGAAUUUGCUCUAGAGGUGGACUCAGAAGGAGAGGAUCAGGACAAGGAGCAUCGUUUUGGGAUAAAAGAGUUAAUGGAUGAGCUUAAUAUGUCUGAGGAUCUUCGCAGAGAGAUUUCCUCUCUUGUUGAUGGGGAGCCGACAAAUUCCGAUACAGAAAAACAGACUAACACAGCCACUAAUGUUGCUUCUGAGAACAAGGAUGCCACUACAAAAGACAACUUCUUAGAUCCAGAAGGAGGCUUUUCAGAGGAGAGAGCAAGCCAUGAUGACACCAUCACAAGGGUUGAGAAAGCAACAGAGUCUGAAGAAAAAUGCAGAGAGGAAUCCUGUCCUCCUGAUCCAGCACUUUUAAAAAUAGACAGAGCAUACUUGGGAGAUCAACAUUCUGAGGUGAAUGAUGACCCAGACAGUGAGACUAAAGAAGACAAUGAAGAAGAUGAUAAAAACAUAGAUUUAGGUGAACACAACGUAAAUGCAGAGAAGGAUGAACAUGAUAAGUUUACUAAUAGAGAGGAAUAUGAGUUAGAUGAAAACCAAGAAGCAGAACUCCAGAACAAUGCUCUUAUCCAAGAGGAGGAUUUUAGGGUUAAUCAGGAAGUUUAUAAGUCUGAAGAAGAGGAACAGAAUAAUGACAUAUUUGAAAGUGAGAAUGCUGAAUCCCAGCACCAAGAGCCAGACAAAGUGCAUUGUGACUCUGAGUCUCACAACAGCUGUGAUUCAGAGAAGCUGGCAGCAGAAUCACCUAAUGAUGAGCACAAUCAUAAUAUUUCGAUUGAGGAAGAUGCUAGAUUAGAAGCUUUACAAUGUAGUGUAGAUGAUGCUGAUCCAGAUGCUAAUAAUGACAGCCCAGUGGAAGAGCAAGGUGAUAAUGAAAAUGAAGAUACAGUGUCUAAAGCCUCUGAAUAUGAUGAUUCAACUGCUGAAUCACACCAUUCGUCAAUAUCAGAUCAAGAUAUAAAACAGGCUAACAAAACUAAGACAGGAUCUUGUAUAUCCCCAGGAUCUGAAAGUGAACAUGAGCUCCAGACAUUAGAACAGGAAGAUGUUACUGCGAAACAGAUUUGUUCUGGUGAGAAGAAUGAUGAAGAAGCAGGUGAGGACAAAUGGAGCAAUGCUUUAGAUUCGGACAAGGACUUUGAUGCAGAACCAAACUAUCCUGCUAUGUCAGAUAAAGCUGGUGAAUGCUCUGACCAAGACAAGACACUGUCUGGUAAAUCUCAAGAAUCAGAAGCUGAACAGGAGCUCCAGACAUUAGAGGAGGAGAAGGUUACUGAAGAGAAAGAUGAAGAAUCAGAUGAGCAUGAGGACAAACAGAAGGAGGAGGAUGUUCCUGAAGAGGAAGACACAAAAACAGAUGAGCAGGAGGACAAACAGAGCAGUGCAUCAGAGUCUGAUGAGGACUUUGAUGUAGAACCAGAACCAAAUUGUCCUACCAUGUCAGAUGAUGCUGAAAAAGAUGAUGAAGCAGACAAACUGAGCAGUGCUGUAGAUACUGACGAGGACUUUGAUGCAGAACCAAACUACCCUGCAAUGUCAGAUCAAGAAGGUGAACACUCUGACCAAGACAAGUCAGGGUUUUGCAAAUCUCAAGAAUCGGAAGCUGAACAGGAGCUCCAGACAUUAAAAGAGGAGAAUGUUACUGAAGAGGAAGACAAAAAAACAGAUGAGCAUGGGGACAAACAGAGCAGUGCUUUAGAGUCCGAUGAGGACUUUGAUGUAGAACCAGAACCAAAUUGUCCUACAGUGUUAGAUGAAGAUGAUGAACACUCUGACCAAAACAAGUCAGGGUCAUGCAAAUCCCAAGAAUCUGAAGGUGAACAUGAGCUCCAGACAUUCAAGGAGAAUAGUAUUACUGAGAGACAAAAUAGUUCUGCUGAAGAAAAAGAUGAUGAAGCAGACAAACUGAGCAGCGCUGUAGAUACUGACGAGGACUUUGAUGCAGGACCGAACAACCCUGCAAUGUCAGAUCAAGAGGGUGAGGAUUCUGACCAAGACAAGGCGCAAUCUUGUAAAUCCCAAGAAUUAGAGGAGGAAGAAAAUGUAACUGAAGAGAAAGAUGAAGAAGUAGAUGAUCAUGAGAACAAACAGAGUACUGCUUUAGAUUCUGACAAGGAAUUUGAUACAGAACCAGACUAUCCUACGGUGUCUGAUCAAGAUGAUGAACUCCUCGACCAAGACAAGACACAGUCUUGUAAAUCCCAAGAAUCUGAGGCUGAACAUGAAUACCAGACCAUAGAGCAGGAGAGCAUCACUGAGAAACAGACCAGCUCUGCUGAAGACAAAGAUGAUGAAGCAGAUGAGUAUGUGGACAAACAGAGUAAAGCUAUAGAUUCUGACAAGAUUAUUCAAUCUGCCCACUCUUGCAUGCCAGACCCUGAAACCAAGCACCCUGUGAGGCGAGAUUCAUGCAAUAGUCAGGAUACAGAAGCAUAUAUAGCCCAGUCAGAAGAUACUGAGGGAGUGGAGGAAGCUGAAGGCUGUCUUUGUCAUCCUAUGGAGAUCUCCCAGGAAUUACUGGACUUUGUCAAUUUUGCUCUAUUAUCCUCUGCUCUUACUUUCACAUAUGAUUCAAAUGGCCAUCUAAGAAUAGAGCCAGAUAAGUGUAAAAUCAGAGAAACAUCUUUAGUUGAGAGAAAUGUGGACAGUCAGUAUGUUCAGAGACGUCUUCCUAGCCCCAACACGUCUGACCUCUCUGAUUACAGGCCUGAGACAUCAGACAGCGGAGGAGAUAUAUCACAGGUCUCCACAGAUCUUUUUACAGAGACUGGAGAGGAGGAGGUAGAAAGGUUGUCCACUUACCAAGGCAUCAUGAAACCAAGCUCCAAGAAUGGCAAGAGAUGUGAUAAGGCGCUGGAUAAUAGUUCAACAAAAACUAAUUCAGGGGCAUUCACAAAACAUACAGCUAGCCGUAGUUUAAAAAGCGUCAACAGCCUUGCCUCUUUUCAUGAUUCCAUAGCCAAUAGUACCAUGCAGGAGCCAACCUACAGCAACACCUCCAGUUCAUUUAAUGAGGAUUCUGAGCCUGUACAACGCACUGUUUUCUGUUCAGAGGCAGAUUCCAGUGAAGGAAUCCUGAUAGAUAAAGGCAGGUGGCUCCUAAAAGAAAAUCACCUCAUUCGCAAAUCUCCUCCAGUCCUGAUGGGGAUGUAUGAAAAUGUGGACACCACAUCAGCUGACACAGGUCAAGACAACACAAGUGAGGAAGCUCCCUACCCACCUUGUGGGACCCAGCCUUCCCCAUUUGCUGUCAUAUCUUCUUCUGAGCUGGAGGAGAUGGCAAAGCCCCCAACACCCAAGUGUACAUACUUCAACAUGCCUCACAGUAGUGACUCUGAUCCCUUUCUGGAUAACCAGAGCACCAACAGCAGCAAAGGAGGAGGUGACAUUAGAAAAUGCAGGGAACUCAAAGUAUCACCAAUGGAUGAGACCUCAAAAACGUGGGCAAAGAAAAAUGGAAGUCUCCCCUCAUUUGCAUCUGUUGAGUUCAAACUGCCUGAUGGGAAAGUCCAUCCAGAGGGUGGCCUGGCAUCUGGUGUUGUGGAGAAGACUGCAAGGUCCCAAAGCAUAAGCAGUAGGGCAGCUCAAGAGGAGGAGUCAGUAGAGGGUCUGAAUCUCAGAUGUGGACGGCACUGCCCGAUACUGUAA